CUUAAAUUGCGCAUGAGAAAAUGGCUCUCUGUACAGCUAGCUGUGUCGUCAGGAUAGCUGGGGCCACAUGCAGUGGCAAAACAUCCUUGGCACUUCUUUUGCAAGAGGAAUUUCCGCACUCAGUUGUCAUCCAUCAGGACAGGUUUUAUUUGGAAGACCCAGUCGAAAAGUUCAAUGGCAUGUACAACUGGGAUGUCGUGAGCUCCCUAAAUCAGAAGGACCUGGUGAGUUCAGUGAAGGAAGCAGUCCAGCAACCACAUGUCUUAUGUAGAAAUUGUGGUACAUGUGGAUGUUCAGCAACUCAUCUCAUUGUUGUGGAGGGGACCAUGAUACUAGCAUUGAAUGAAUUGAGAUGUAUUUUUGACACUCACUUCUUCCUUACACUCGACAAAGCUACAUGUCGGCAAAGAAGAGCUGAGCGGGGCUAUGAGGGAGAAGCUGACCCACCAGAAUACUUUGACUGUUGUAUCUGGGCCAUCCUACCUGCAAAUGCGUGAAGUUGCCACUGCACAUGAAUCAGUGAUCCUGGACAGCUGCUGCCAGAGCAUACAAGAGAUGCAUAGAACAGUUAUAGCUCGCAUUACUCUUCUGGACCAGAGGUUGGACAAGAUCACAUGAAUCCACGUGAAUUGUGCCAAGAAUUCCAAUUAACAUUUCAGGAAUGUAGGCGUUGGACGUCGACCUCUGCAGUUCAUGGCCUAGUUUUAUAGCGCUUGAAAUCUCUCAGAGAGUUGUAUAUAAAAAGGAUCGGAAAAAAGUAAGGCAUGAUUAGCUGAGUUACCACGCGUAUGCUUUGAAGCUUCUAGUACUCUUCGCUGUAGAUAACUCGCUUGGAACAGCUUUGAGUGAAGCUACAGCAACAUAACAUGUACGAUCUUGACUUGGCUUUGAUGCUGUUUGUAUACACAUUCUCAGAAGGAGAGAUUGCUGAUUCAGCAAAAAAAAAAUUAGCCGCCAUCGAUGACGCGUGUCACCACUUCCUCUGACCUUGGACCUAGGGCGCGCGUUCUGCCUAGAGGGGCGCGAGAACGGCCGCGGAGAGGGAGAGAUCGAAGAAUGCCUCUGAAAGUUGAGUUCGAACUGGAGAAAGCACCUGAAGAUGGGAUCACGUGUGUAGAGUUUUGUCCCGCACCUGCUUCGCCUCUUUUGUUGUGCUCGUCGUGGGACUGCGGGUUGAGGCUCUACGACGUGCAGAACAACCAGCUGAAGGCCAAGAUCCAGCAUCCAUUUGCAGUUCUAGAUUGCUGCUUCAGUGAUCCGAGCCAUGCGUUCAGCGGUGGUUUGGACAGACGUCUCUUGCAUUCUGACCUAGCCACUCAGCAAUCCAGCAGUCUAGGCUCUCACGAGGACGGCAUUCGUUGUGUUGAGUACUGUUCCGAAGUAGGAGUAGUGGUUACUGGUUCCUGGGACAAAACUAUCAAGUUAUGGGAUCCUCGCCAAAAGCAAAGUGUUGGUUAGUGUGUAUACAUUUUGAGCAGGAAUAUCGGAAUAUCGCACAGAUGAACAAAUUCAUUGCUGCUAUAAGGCCUCUUCCUUAGUAGAUAAUGUUGUUAACGAGAAACUUAGAGGAUGACUGGACAGUCUCCUCAGUUUUCAGUAAGAGUCCUCUGGGUUGAUAGUGUAUUAGAGCUAUGGUCAUUGUAUCUACUGCCACACUGGUGUAGGAACUUAUGAUCUGAGUGGAGAGAGUGUGUACACAAUGAGUCUAUGUGGAGACAGACUCGUUGUGGGAACUUCCAAUCGCAAGGUUCUUGUGUGGGACUUGAAGAACAUGCAGUUUGCUGAGCAAAGACGUGCAUCGAGUCUGAAAUACCAAACGAGAGCAAUCCGUUGUUUCCCAAACCGCCAGGGAUUUGUUCUCAGUUCCAUAGAAGGAAGGGUAGCAGUGGAGUACUUGAAUACAGAUGCAGAGACGCAGAAAAAGAAGUAUGCUUUCAAAUGUCAUCGUGUGAAGCAGGAAAGGCAUUGAGAACAUAUACCCUGUAAAUGCAAUUUCAUUUCACCGAGGACACAACACAUUUGCUACUGGAGGCAGUGAUGGGUUUGUUAACAUAUGGGACCCAUUCAACAAGAAGCGGCUCUGCCAGUUUCACCGAUACACAGUUGAUAUUGCCUCUCUAUCCUUCAACUGGGAGGGCUCAAUGAUUGCCAUUGCAGUGUCGAGUGUGUGGCCCCAGGAGGAGAUGGCACCACAAAGAGAUGCUAUUUUUAUCCGGCAUGUAACAGACAAUGAAACCCAACCAAAGCCUUCUGAUGUGCACUGACUGUGUUGUUAGUAUUUACAGUACCAGAAAUAAUUUAGAGUAUGUAAUUUUGAUUGAGUAUAUAUGUAUUGAUAAUCAGAAGCCAAAAUCUGCCCAUCACUUUGAGUAAAGAAC